AUGGCGGUAUUCACAGAGCAAAUCCCUGAAAUAACCGAGAUGUCACUCGGGAAAACAGGACUUGAGGAAGAAACGGAUGCGACGCCUAAAUCCUCGAGUCUUAAAGACAACGCGCCAAAUUCCAAUGGCGAUGAAGAGCAUGGAUUAUCGAGGUUAGAAAAAAUUAAGACGAAGUUCGGAGACAGACCAGAAUGCUUCAAGAAUACUAUCCAGGAAGCUUCCUUUGUCUUCCAAGCUACCGUCGCAACCGCCACAACAUCUUUCCUCUCCGGUGUCGCUUUAAUCAUCACGGUUCCCGUAUCGCGAGACUUGGGAAUGACCCAGGGUGAGAUAGCAUGGAUCAGUGCUUCGACAUCGCUUGUUGCUGGCGCCUUCCAGCUUGCUUUUGGACAGCUCGCUGAUCUGAUGGGCCGAAAACCGAUGUUCAUCACUGGGAUGGCGUCAUUCAGUGCAUUUGUACUACUGGUGGCUUUCGCACAGAACCCGUUCUGGAUGUUGAUCGUCUGUGGCAUCCUUGGCGCUUGUUCCGCUAUGGUUGUCCCUCCGGCGAUAGGCAUCCUAGGUGCUGCGUAUGCGACACCCUCUAAGCGGAAGAACAUGGCGUUUUCGGCGUUCAGCGCGGGAAAUCCAUUGGGUUUCGUCUUCGGCACUAUCGUAUGCGGUAUUGCGACACAGUUAUCCAGUUGGCGUGCAGCGUUCAUCGUGUUGUGUAUCAUCUGGGCCAUCCUCUCCGUUCAUGCUGUCUGGGCCGUGCCGAAUGUGGAAAAUUUCGAUCGUGCGCCAUUCAAGGAACGGCUGGCCUCGCUGAAGCAUUUCGACUAUGUCGGUACGAUCCUGACGAUAUUCGGCACCGGAAUGUUCACCGCGGGUUUAACUCUUGGUCCCGAAGAUGGUUGGGCCAAAGCGCAUGUAAUUGCGCUGUUAGUCGUCGGUAUCGCGUUACUGAUCAUUUUUGCUUUAUGGGAGAGAAUAUUCCCUACACCUUUGAUGCCUCCGCAUAUCUGGAAAGACCGGAACUUCAGCCUUAUUAUCGGAGUUGUACUUCUCGGUACGAUGAGUUUUACAGCGAGUGCUUUUUGGGUUGCAUUUUUUCUGCAAGAUCUUCGGAAAGAAUCAACCCUCAUGGUUGCAGUAUAUCUCCUCCCAAUGGCUAUUGCAGGACUCUUCUGGAACGUCGUUGCCGGCCGAAUAUUGCACCGUGUCAACAAUACUGCCAUCAUGGUUUUCGGCGCUACAUGUUACGUAGGAUCUGCGUUACUGUUCUCUUUCAUGAAAGAAGACAGUAUUUACUGGGCUUUCAUAUUCCCUGCGCUGAUUCUAAACGUCGCCGGAGCUGAUCUUCAAUUCAACGUUGCCAAUAUGUAUGUGAUGCAGUCGCUUCCUAAGCACCAACAGUCUCUCGCUGGCGGUAUCUUCAAUGUUGUUAUCCGCUUGUCCAACACCGCGGUAAUGGGAAUUUCAACGGCGGUAUACAGUUCUAUCGAACUAACACCACAGGGAAUGGCCGAUCCGAUGCUCAAAUUCACCAGAACUUUCCAACUAUGCUUGGCGUUCGCUGGCGCAAGUUUGCUGCUUGCUCCUUUUAUUCGACUAGGAACCCAAGGAAAUCACCCGAAAGAUGCGCAAGAGCCAGGUCAGACGGAACAGAGUCAGUCCGAAAAGACGACGGUUGUAAACGUUGGCGCCGACGAAGUUGAACCGGAAGAGAAGAAGCGCGAAAUAUAG